CAACAGUGCGAAUAUAGGCACCAAUGGUAAUAUAGGUACCACAUUCUAGUCGCGUGACCGACGUCACCACGUGGCGCAUCGAAUCUCUACUCCGAAGUCUUAAUCUCGUAGUUUUGGUGCUUCAGAAACGUUAUGUGUAUCUUUCGUGUGUGAGGAAGAAAAGAAAAUUUUGUUUAUUAAAUAUAUUUAUUAAUAUUCUAUACAAUUAUCGAGCACUAAUGCACGACACGACGCAAAAUAGAAGCUGAUUUCAAGAAGAAUAACGUCGAUAUAAGCGAGAAGAUAUAACAGAUUUAUUGGCCACGAAAUCGAAAUAAGUGCUGUAUCGAGAAAAAUAUCUUUGCAUUCCGCGACACACGGCAUUCUGCUCGCGCAUAUGCUGAUAAUCCGAGCGUAAAUCUUACAAGAGAUCAGUUUUGUGCGACGACUCUUCUAUGAAUCAAGACGCGAAAAAUUUCAGGAAUAUCCGGGAAGUCUCGUUUCUUCACCGGAAAAGUUAUCGUCGACAAAUGCCCGGAUUUCGGACGUAUCCUAUAGUCCAGACUUUAUCUAUGCAUCAUACUACUCCGGUCGACGCGCGGCGAGAGCGUCUGAACGACGACGCCGUGAUCGCGGGUGUCGCAGCUCCCGAUUAUCGACCACGGAUGCAGGCCCGCCAUGGUCAAGGCGCAGCCGCGGCCCAGGCGCGGCCGCCGCGAUCAAAGCUGUCGGACUUCUUCCAUCUCUGGGUCAACAACAUCCGUCUGCUCUACUGGGGCAACCUAGAAGGCCUGCCACAACUGCCCAGCACGAUGGGUAAUCUACAGAGCGACAGCAAGAAGAAGCAGAAGAAGAAGGAGGCUGCGCCGCCGGUGCCGACGUCCGCGUCCGCGUCCACGGACGUCAUCGCGGAGCCCGAGGCGACCGAGGACCAGAAGAAGGAGGACCAGAAGAAGGAGGACCAGAAGAAGGAGAAGCGGGACCAACCGCCCGAAGUUCCGAAGAGACGCGAUGAGCAUCGCGAGCCGAUCAAGAUCAGCUUCGAGAAGGUGCACACGCCGGGCAAGAGACAGGCACCGCCGCCGCCACCGAUAGUGGUGUUACCCAAGGACACGCAGGAGAGUGUAGAGCCUGAAUGUCGCAAGGAUACUGCAACAACGGCGAAGCCAUGCGUAACGACGACGGAGUCUUUUCGCUCGAGUACCACGGCGUCGACGACGACGCCAGGCCAGACGCCGACGACACCGCAGACGACCCAGCUGCCACCACUGCUGGUGACCGAUUCGUGGCGUUUGGCGAACAAGGGCCUGGUCGUGACGGAAAUGCCGACGCCGCCGAGCCAGGAGUCCUCCAGCGACAGCGUCUUCACCGAUCCCGGCGAGCUCACCAUGAGUCCGGUCACGGCGGCCACGAGACCGGAAGUAGUGAAACGUAAACCGAUUCCGGAGACGAUCGACGGCAAGGAAGAGAAAGCUUCGUUCACGAUCUCGAAGCACAAGAAGAUCCAUCUCUCAGUGAUGAGUCCCCGAAGCGUAACGUCGAGCGAGAAGAGUGCAAUAUCGGAACCGAGUCCACGUACUCCGCAGAGGCGACACAGUGUCUGCGAGCUUCCCACGAGCAGAGGUAGAGUGCUGAGAAGAGUGGCCAGCUUGACCUUGGAUCGAAGUAGCGCCAAGAAAAGAAAAAGUUCCAAGAGUAUCGUUUAUCAGAGGACGGAUCGCCACAAGCAAUCCGAAGAACAUGAACUGCCAGUCUGUCUGACUUCUGUGCUACCAGACAAAGAUGCGAAGAAGAACUUUACGUCCAUGAUAGAUCGGACAGGCACCUGCGCGUUGGCAGAUGAACUUUAUUCGAACUUAGUUCGAAAAACUAAAUCGAGCCAAAUCUGUGAACACCCUAUGCUAAAGGAUAUUCAUCUGUACGAGGAAGAGGUGACGAAGCUGAAAGAUGAGAUCAAACGGCUGCGCGAGACAUCUGUUGUAGACCGGCAGAUAAGCACCAGGGGCCAGUCUACUCAGACAUCACCGAGAAGCAUAUCACCGGUCGAUGGGAACGCCAGUGAGGCGAGCAACUUAGAUAGCGUUAGAUCGUCAACGAUCAGAAGUGAUGUCGCAGAUCUCGAACAAGUCAAGAUGACUGUGCUUUCCUCCACGUCGAUCGACAAGGUCGAUCGGUCGUGCUUAUCGCGUAGUAGUCAAGGAAACGCGCCUAGCGAAAAUCUGGUGCCGUGCCCACCACCUCCAUUACCACCGGAGGCAGUCUCGAAGAGCAGAUCUGUCUCGACGUCUUUUAUCCCGCCGCCACCGCCGCCGCCGUCCCCGUACGCGCUCGCCACCGAAACGGUGCGUGCCGGCGAGAGGACAGUUCCAUCAUCGCAAUUGACGGACGUUCCUAGGAUACCGACACCCCCGCCGCCACCUACCCCCCUUUCGACGCAAAGCACCAUAAGCACAUAUCCAUCCCCGCCGCCCGCCCCAUCACCGCCGCCACCCACGCCGAGUACCACGAGUACGAUACCCAUUCCUCCACCUCCGCCUAUGCAAGCCAUCAUAAGCGCGAUAGCUCCGCCGUCUCCUCUGCAAAACAUGAUUCCUCCACCGCCGCCGCCUCCGUCCGCGUUUCCGUGCAAACCGGUGCAGAGCCUCGAGAGUGGCAUACCUCCUCCGCCGCCGCCACCUAUGCCUCCUCAAAGCGCGACGUGCGAGAUGUCUAUGAUCACCGUACCUCCUCCGCCACCGCCGCCGCCUACGCCGAUGUUGAACAUGUGCGGGAUACCGCCGCCGCCUCCUCCUCCGCCACCAUCACUCGCGGGUGCUAUCGACGCGAUGCCUCCACCGCCGCCACCGUUACCCGGAACUGGCCCACCACCGCCGCCGCCGCCACCGGGCACGCCUAUGCAGGAUGGUAUACCUCCGCCACCUCCGCCUCCCAUCGGAGGUUCGGGUGCGGGUCCUCCACCACCUCCUAUGGCACCGCCGCCACCCCCCGGGGCAUUGGGACCCUGUCCUCUGCCCGCUCCACCGGUCGGAGGAUGGAAUCCGCCGAGCAGAGCCAUUAUGAGAAAGCAACCUUUAAAUCCUGAUGUGCCUAUGAAGCCACUUUACUGGACGAGGAUUUUGGUGCCAGUUGCUGCGGCCAGUCAGCCUCCAGUAGAUAGUGCUUCAGAUUUGUCACCCCAGGUGCCUCUGUGGUUGGAACUUACGGAGGAGGAGACUUUAAAUAUGAAAGAAUUCGCUGAUUUAUUUUCGAGGCAAGUGAGAGAGAGGAAUCCGGCCAAGAAGAGCGAGGGGACGCCUAAAAGUUCCAAGAUCCAACCCGCGAAGAUACUUGAUUCGAAGCGUUCGAAAAUGGUGGGAAUUCUUGAAAAGAGUCUACACAUUGAUUUUAGCGAGAUCGAAAAUGCGGCCUAUAAUUUAGACACAAGUGUAAUCAGUUUAGAAGCAUUGCAACAAAUCUACGAGAUUAAACCGACGCAAAAGGAAAUAGAAGAAAUUGCAAUUCACGAAGCAACUUUUCCGGACGUUCCUCUCGAUCAACCAGAAUUCUUUCUCAAACGACUGUCCGGUAUAAAUCACUUCUCCGAAAGGAUAGCCUGCCUGAUGUUGCAGUCGGAGUUCCAAGACGCGAUAUCGUCGGUUUCGUACAAAUUGAACAACGUGCGAACCACCUGCGACUUUCUGAUCAAUUCCGAGCCUCUGAAGAAAGUAAUGGCCAUCAUACUGACCUUGGGCAAUUACAUGAACGGCGGAAAUAUGAUGCGCGGCCAGGCUGACGGCUUCGGCCUAGAAAUCCUCGGCAAACUGAAAGACGUCAAGUCCAACGUACCCGGCGUCACCUUGCUGCACUACGUCGUCAAUGCGAAAUUGUCCCAGGAAAAGGAUCAUAAUUUCGAGGAGCCAUUGCCUUUACCUGUGCCUGAGGCGGCUGACGUAGAAGCCGCAUCCACGAUCAAGUUCGAUGAUAUUGCUAAAGAACUGGAUAGACUGGACAAAGAAUUACAAGCAUGUGCACAAAUGUGUAGUACAAUCGUAGAAGCGGAUCCAUCUACGUCCAAAAUAUUCAAAAAGAAAGUAGACUCCUUUGUGAAGAAGGCGAAUACCGAAUUGGCAAGCGAGAAAGAAGAUCUACUGGAGGCUAAAAACAAAUUCAAAGCUGUGAUGAAGUUUUAUCAGUUUAUUCCUAAAGGCUCCACGUUGGAAACUGCAGAACCUUACGAUUUCUUCAAUCUGUGGCUCGGUUUCUGCCGGGACUUUAAGGAUAUCUGGAAGAGGGAGCAGCUGCGAAUACGAAAGGAACGAAUGGAGGAAGUUCGCAAAAAGUUCGAAAGCAAAUCUGACGUCGUGAGAGUAAAAUUAAAUCCGCACGGAUUGAAAGCGAAAUUACAAAAACUUACGCAUAAGAAACAUACUCAAAGGUAGUCUCGUCCACAAAUUGAAAAUGAUUAAGAAGUUGAUUAACAGUUUAUACGUACAAUCAUAUUCGCUAAAUUUUGCAUAAAUAAUACCCUUUAAUACUGUCAAUCCAAGGGAGUUUGAUUGUAUAUUAAUUUCUAAUUUAUACUUAUUAUUUUUGAAUCGAAAAUAAUGAUAUUGCGAGAUACAAAUUUUGUAUAGUUUCAAAGCGGUUUUGUUUUGCACAAAUUAUUUAUAUUUAUUAUUACAUAAAAUUUGAAAAAUCUACUUAUCCGUUUUGCUUAAAAAAAAAAUUAUUAUAAACUUUGCAUUUAAAAUAAUGCAACUUGAGAAACGACUUUUCAAAGAAAAAUCUCAGAGUGCUCAAAAAAUAAGGGUAAUUUUAAAUUUAAAUUUCAAUCUCAAUUAUUAUAAGAAAAAAAUAUGGAGGACAUUCGAAAUUCACGCAACGAAAUGCGAUCGGUUUUGAUUCAAGUAUGAUAUGGAUCGCCGAUCGCGAAACGUCCUUAAGCAUCCAAUCAAUAAGAUUCUACGCUAUUAUAGUUACAGACUGAAAUGUUAACAGUGCACUAAAACGACAAUGUAUAUUUAAGUAGAAACGUUCGUGAAAAAUUUAUUAAUUAUUACUACCGUAUAUUAAAAAAAAAGUAUUUAUAGUCUGACGAUGACUUUACGGGUAUUACUUAUGAACGCAUUGCCAUCUCUUUAUACAAUACAUUGUUCCGAGCGAUUUAGAAAGCGCAUCGGCAAUUGAUAUUUAGUGAUAAAAAAAGGCCGUAAACAAGGUCUGUUCUUUUUAGUUGCAAUUUCUUACACUUUUUGCAUUUGACAAAAUGAUGACGCAAUGCUCUAAAGAAAAUUGUAGGAAGCUGCAGAAAAAGAAACUAAAGAGGAUAUACCUGUACUGUAAACGUCCAUGAUAAUUCUAGAAGUGAAAAACUUUGUGCCUCUUUAUAUUACAUUUAUUUCGCCAACUUUCGUUACUCUGCGCUGAAGAAUUUCGAAGAAAAAGGAAUAUCGAUCGUGAUGAUUGUUGUUAAUUUUCGCUAUCUAUUUAUUUAUUUAUUUAUUUAUUUGUUUGUGUUAAUUUAUACUAGAUUGUCAUGGAUUAAUAAGAGUGUACAUAAAAUGUUAAUAAUACGAAUUAUUGAUGUUGUUUAAUAAAAAUUUCGUUAUA